GUUAGUUUAUGUUACUAAUCAUCCGUCGCAGUUUGUAAAAGUAUGGGAGGUGAUUUCGUUAUUUAAAAUUAUCAAUAUCGAUAAUAAUUGAGAGGAUAUUUUUUUAACGUAAUACAUAUAAUAUCAUUAUGUCAGGAAUAAAGGGAGAUACUAAUAAGGAUAAUAAUCUAAGAAGACAGGGUUCGUUUAGGAAAUUACUGCCUCUGAAUACCAAUGGAGAUUCCCAAUUGAGUAUGUCUGUGAAAAUGAUCGACAGGCCGACCGUUUCGCAAACUAAUAAGGAAUAUGCAAUUUAUUUGCAAGAGUAUAACAUUUUAUCAGAAUACAACAUGUUGUGCACACAAGAUCUGAAGGGCGUAUAUGUUAUACCAUCUGCUCAGAAUUCCUUAUUAUGGUUUGGUGUACAAUUUGUCCGGCAAGGAAUUUAUCAAGGAGGAAUCUUCAGAUUUAAUAUUACACUACCUCAAAAUUUUCCAGAUGGGGGUUGUCCUAAAGUUGUAUUUCAAACUCCAGUUUUUCAUCCUUUAAUCGAUCCUGAAUCUGGAGAAUUGUGCACAACAUGGAGUUUUUCUGAAUGGAGGAAAAGCAAUAGAAUUUGGCAGUUGGUACAAUUCAUAACAAAAGUACUGACUAAAGUUGAUGUCAAACUGAAUGCUGUAAACCAAGAAGCACUUAAUUUAUUAGAAAAUAACUUUGAAGGUUUUCGAGAUCGUGUAAAAAAAUGUGUAAGAGAGAGUUUAAACAGAGUUUACGAUCCACCUCCAGUUGAUGAUCCUCAUUACAUUACUUUUAGUCCAUAUGUUGGAGAGCUUUAUGAUUCCAUUAAACAAGAAAUUUACCAAUCCAAGGAUGAAGAAGAAAAUAAAGCAUUGGGUUUGUCUUGGGUACAACCAGGCUCUCUUCAACCAUUCUCAAAACCUGAAGUGAGAUAGUAAUUAUAGGAAAUGAAAUCUUAAAAUAGAUUGAUAGACAUCCUUAGGAAGUAAGGAAAUUGUACAUUUUAUGUAUGCAGGGGAUAAAUUAUAAUGUAUUUUUGUAUC